AUGCACGCGAUGUGGAUCGCGACGAUAAUCAUCGGCGUGCUGCUGCUCGGUUGUCGCGCUGCCAUUCAGAAUGUACGUAUAAACAGUGACGCCUCGGGGCUGCGCAGCAGUCCGAAUCUGAGGCGACAUGCACGCGAUGCUGGGCGCUGGAUGAACGACGAGCAGGCGGCCAUAAUAAAAGCGCUGAAGGAGAACGGGACCUCGGUGGAGGUGCAAAAGGACACGAUAAUGGCGUGGUAUCGCGAGCUGCCGGCCGAGAAGAGGGAGCAGCUCGACGAGCACUACAAGAAUGAUUGUGUCGAGUGGAUCAAAAAGGUGGCUACCACCGAAGAAAUCGCGGAAUUGAAAGUUCUGCAUGAGGAGGGGAACGACAAGGAGAUUUUGACUAGGGUAGCAGACUAUAAGGGCCGGCUCGACGAGAACACGCGGAAAUUGGUCGACGCGUGGGCGGUGAGCCACAAAAUUCGCAACUUUUUCAAACUUUUGUCUCACACAAAUAAACCGAAUGCAAAAGCCCUUUGGUUCAAGAAGAAGGACAGAAAACGCAGGGAUUUACUUGAGGAUUUCGCUUUCUGGCUGAACGCCGAGCAGCUGGAGGAGCUGAAGAAGGAAAAGGCAGCCGGAAAGUCGCCGGAAGACCUAAAAAAGCGCGUGAUGGAAUAUUUCGAGCAGCUGCCCCAGGAAAAACAGGACGAAGUGAAGGAACAGGCAAAAGGCAAAUGCAAGCACUACUUCAUGGCGCUAUCUACGGAAGAUGAGGUGAAGAAGAUCAAGAAGCUGAAGGAGGCCCGAAAUGUUGAUGAGAUCAAAUCCAUCAUCGAGGGUGUGAUCGAUCGUCAGGAAGGGGACAAGAAAACCGAGGCUACAAAAUACAAACAAAUCUGCAGCGACAUCUACGAAAAACAGUCUUCCCGAAAGCGGAAGGACAUUGAUGCGCUGAUUGAGAAGCAUCUCUCAUGGCUAGAAGAGGGGCAGAAGGAUGAGAUCCGGACGAUGAAGGCGGCCGGAAAGUCGAACGCGGAAAUCAAAGAGAAAGUGAUGGGAUAUUUGCAGAACCUGGACAGCUCAAAGAAGGAAAAGACGAAGCAGCAGAUCACCGACGACUGCUACGCCUGGCUGAAAAAGGCGGCCAGCCAAACGGAAAUCGACGCCCUGCACAAAAUGCACGAGACCGAUCAUGCUGGCUGCAAAAAGACGGUCCGCCAAUACAUCCUCCGAUUGCCGGCCGACGAGCAGGAAAAUGUUAAUAGAAAUCUCCCCUUCUGUGAGCGAAUCUGGUAUGGGGAUCAUGAUCACUCUCACCAUCAACAUCACGGACAUCAUAAGAUGAAGCGACACCAUUCGAAAACAGGGCUACACAGUCACAGAUAUGGCCAGAUGACCGAACUGCAGAACCCGUUC